AUGGGGCUGCCACUGGCCCGCCUAGUGGCCACCUGCCUGGCUCUGGCCUUGGCUGGGGGCUCUGAGCUCCGCAGAGAGGCCAGACCCCGAAGCCACAGCCACAACGUCUGCAGCACCUGGGGCGACUUCCACUACAAGACCUUCGACGGCGACGUCUUCCGCUUCCCCGGCCUCUGCGACUACAACUUCGCCUCCGACUGCCGAGACUCCUACAAGGAAUUCGCCGUGCACCUGAAGCGCAGCUCGGGCCAGGGCGGGGCCCACCCCCAGGUGGAGUCCAUCCUGCUGACCAUCAAGGAUGACACCAUCUACCUCACCCACCAGCUGGCUGUGGUGAAUGGGGCCAUGGUCAGCACCCCACACUACAGCUCGGGGCUGCUCAUCGAGAAGAACGAGGCCUACACCAAGGUCUACUCCCGCGCUGGCCUCUCCCUCAUGUGGAACCGUGAAGACGCGCUCAUGCUGGAGCUGGACAGCAGGUUCCAGAACCACACCUGUGGCCUCUGCGGGGACUUCAACGGCCUGCAGACCUACUCGGAGUUCCUCUCUGAAGGCAUCCUGUUCAGUGCCACUGAGUUUGGGAACUUGCAGAAGAUCAAUAAGCCCGAGGUGGCGUGCCAGGACCCCGAGGAGGCGCCAGCGCCCGAGUCCUGCUCUGGCCACCGUGCCGAGUGCGAGAGCCUGCUGACCGCUGAGGCCUUCGAGGACUGCCAGGCCCGGCUGCCGCUGGAGCUGUACGUGCAGGCCUGCAUGCAGGACCGCUGCCGGUGCACGCAGGGCAGCGCCUGCGUCUGCAGCACCCUCGCUGAGUUCUCCCGCCAGUGCUCCCACGCGGGCGGCCGGCCCGGGAACUGGAGGUCGGCCUCCCUCUGCCCCAAGAGCUGCCCCGGGAACAUGGUCUACCUGGAGAGCGGCUCGCCCUGUGUGGACACCUGCUCUCACCUGGAGGUCAGCAGCCUGUGCGAGGAGCACCACAUGGACGGCUGUUUCUGCCCGGAAGGCACUGUGUAUGACGACCUCACGGGCAGCGGCUGCAUCCCGGUGAGCCGGUGCCACUGCAAGCUGCACGGGCACCUGUACGUGCCGGGCCAGGAGAUCACCGACGACUGUGAGCAGUGCGUCUGCAAUGCUGGCCGCUGGGAGUGCAAAGACCUGCCGUGCCCCGGGACCUGCGCCCUGGAAGGCGGCUCCCACAUCACCACCUUCGAUGGGAAGAAGUUCACCUUCCAUGGGGACUGCUACUACGUCCUGACGAAGGCUGACCACAAUGACUCCUACACCCUCCUGGGCGAGCUGACCCCCUGCGGCUCCACGGACAAGCAGACCUGCUUGAAGACGGUGGUGCUGCUGAUGGACGGAAAGAAGAACGUGGUGGCCUUCAAGUCGGAUGGCAGUGUGCUACUCAAUGAGCUGGCAGUGACCCUGCCCCACGUGGCUGCCAGCUUCUCCAUCUUCCAACCCUCCUCCUACCACAUCGUCGUGGACACGGCCCUCGGGCUGCGGCUGCAGGUGCAGCUGGUGCCGGUCAUGCAGCUCUUCGUGACGCUGGAGCAGGCCGCCCAGGGGCAGGUGCAGGGGCUCUGCGGGAACUUCAACGGCCUGGAGAGUGAUGACUUCAAGACAGCGGGCGGGCUGGUGGAGGCCACGGGCGCCAGCUUCGCCAACAGCUGGAAGGCGCAGGCCAGCUGCCAUGACAAGUUGGACUGGCUGGAUGACCCCUGUUCCCUCAACAUCGAGAGCGCCAACUACGCGGAGCACUGGUGCUCUCUCCUGAGGAAGACAGAGACCCCCUUCGGCAGGUGCCACCUGGCCGUGGACCCCACUGAGUACUACAAGAGAUGCAAAUAUGACACCUGCAACUGUCAGAACAACGAGGACUGCAUGUGUGCAGCCCUGUCCUCCUAUGCGCGGGCCUGUGCCGCCAAGGGCGUCAUGCUGUGGGGCUGGCGGGAGCGCGUCUGCAACAAGGAUGUGGGCUCCUGUCCCAACUCCCAGACCUUCCUGUACAACCUGACCACCUGCCAGCAAACCUGCCGCUCCCUCUCCGAGGGGGAGACCCACUGUCUCAAGGGCUUUACGCCUGUGGACGGCUGUGGCUGCCCAGGUCAUACCUUCCUGGAUGAGAAGGGCCGCUGCGUGCCCCUGGCCAAGUGUUCCUGCUACCAUCGCGGCCUCUACCUGGAGGCAGGGGAUGUGGUCUUGAGACAGGAGGAGCGCUGCAUCUGCCGAAAUGGGAGGCUGCACUGUAUGCAGGUCAAGCUGAUUGGCCAAAGCUGUGCAGCCCCAAAGAUCCUUGUCGACUGCAACAACCUGACUGCCCUGGCUACCCGAAAGCCCCGCCCCACCAGCUGCCAGACGCUGGUUGCUGGCCAUUACCAUACGGACUGUGUCAGUGGCUGUGUGUGCCCCGAGGGACUGCUGGAUGAUGGCCGGGGUGGCUGUGUGGUGGAGGAGGAGUGCCCCUGUGUCCACAACAAGGACCUGUACGCCCCCGGGGACAAGAUCAAGCUGGACUGCAACAACACCUGCACCUGCCAGAGAGGACGCUGGGAAUGUACCCAGUUCGUGUGCCAUGGCACCUGUUCCAUUUACGGGAGUGGCCACUACAUCACCUUUGAUGGGAAGCACUACGACUUUGACGGACACUGCUCCUAUGUGGCUGUUCAGGACUACUGCGGCCAGAACGCCUCCACGGGCUCCUUCAGCAUCAUCACUGAAAAUGUCCCCUGCGGCACCACCGGCGUCACUUGCUCCAAGGCCAUCAAGAUCUUCAUAGGGAGGACGGAGCUGAAGUUGGAGGACAAGCACCGAAAGGUGGUCCAGCUGGAGGAGGGCCACCACGUGUCCUUCACCACACGGGAAGUGGGCCAGUACCUGGUGGUCGAGGCCAGCACUGGCAUCAUUGUCAUCUGGGACAAGAGGACCACCAUCUUCAUCAAGCUGGCUCCCUCCUACAAGGGCACCGUGUGCGGCUUGUGCGGGAACUUUGAUGACCGCACUAGCAAUGACUUCACCACAAGGGACCACGUGGUGGUGAGAAGCGAGCUAGACUUCGGGAACACCUGGAAGGAGGCCUCCACCUGCCCAGACGUGAGCACCAUCCCUGACCCCUGUAGCCUGAAUCCGCACCGCCGCUCCUGGGCUGAGAAGCAAUGCAGCAUCAUCAAGAGCCCGGUGUUCAGCGCGUGCCACAGCAAGGUGGACCCCACGGUGUUCUACGAGGCCUGUGUGCAGGACUCCUGUUCCUGCGACACAGGAGGAGAUUGCGAGUGCUUCUGCUCCGCUGUGGCCUCCUAUGCCCAGGAGUGCACGAAGGCGGAGGCCUGUGUGUUCUGGAGGACGCCGGACCUGUGCCCCAUAUUCUGUGACUACUACAACCCCCCAGAUGAGUGUGAGUGGCAUUAUGAGCCGUGUGGGAACCGUAGCUUUGAAACCUGCAGGACCGUCAACGGCGUGCACUCCAACAUCUCCGUGUCCUACCUAGAGGGUUGUUACCCGCGGUGCCCUAAGGAAAGGCCCAUCUAUGACGAGGACCUGAAGAAGUGUGUCACUGGGGACAAGUGCGGCUGCUAUGUUGAGGAUACCCGCUACCCCCCAGGAACGCUUGUUCCCACUGAGGACCUCUGCACUUCUUGUGUGUGCACAGACUCCUCACAUGUGGUCUGCCAGCCGGAGGAAGGGAAGAUUCUCAACCAGACCCAGGACGGUGUCUUCUGCUACUGGGAGUUCUGUGGCCCCAAUGGGACGGUGGAGAAGCACUUCAACAUCUGUGCAACUACCACGGCACCACCAUCCACCCUGACGUCCUCCACCACCUCCUCUGUCCCCACCACCACUCCCUCCACCACCACCACCACCCCCACCACCCCCACCACCCCCAGCACAGUUCCAUCAACAACGCAAAGGUUGUGCUGCUCCUGGUCUGACUGGAUCAACGAGGACCACCCGAGCAGCGGCAGCGAUGGUGGUGACCGCGAGACGUUCGACAGUGUCUGCAGGGUUCCAGAGGACAUCCAGUGCAGGUCAGCCACAGAGCCACACCUCAGCUGGGAGCUGCUGGGGCAGAAGGCACAGUGCAAUGUCUCACUUGGGUUCAUCUGCAACAACGAAGACCAGUAUGGAAGUGGACCAUUUGAACUCUGCUAUGACUACGAGAUACGGGUGUAUUGUUGCUUACCGAUGGAUGACUGCGGUACUUCGCCCACGCCCUCACCGCCCACGCCCUCACCAACCACGCCCACGCCUUCAACAACCACGGGGACACCUACGCCAACCACGCCCACGCCCUCACCAACCACGCCCACGCCCUCACCAACCACGCCCACGCCCUCACCAACCACGGGGACACCUACGCCAACCACGCCCACGCCCUCACCAACCACGCCCACGCCCUCACCAACCACGCCCACGCCCUCACCAACCACGGGGACACCUACACCAACCACGCCUAAGCCCUCAUUGACGACCACGCCCACACCACCAACCACGCCCUCAACAAUGACCACGCCCACGCCUUCACCAAACACACCAACGCCAUCAACAACGCCGACAUCUUCACCAACUACGCCCUCAACAACAACCACACCUACACCAACCACGCGUAAGCCUUCAUUGACGACCACGCCCUCACUCAGGACCACGCCCACCACUCCCUCUACCUCAACCAGGACAAGCCCCAGUACCUCGGAAUGGACAAGCACUGCUGCCACAUCCACAGCUACCCCGGGAACAACUACGCCUGUGACCACCACCACGCCAGGGCCAGAAACAACCACCUCUGUCACGUCCACCCCAUCCACCACUGUGAGUCCCACUCCUUGUCUGGACUGCGGAUGGACUGGCUGGCUGGAUUCUGGCAAACCCAGCUUUGAGAAGCCGGGUGGAGAUUUUGAAUCAAUCGAAGGUGUCUGCGCCCCGGGCUGGGCCACUAACAUCUCCUGCCGAGCGGCGCAGUAUCCCGACGUCCCAAUCCAACAGCUGGGACAGAAAGUGGUGUGCAACGUCUCUGUAGGACUGGUCUGCAGAAACGAAGACCAGAGGCCAGGCGGAGUCAUCCCCAUGUCCUUCUGCGUCAACUACGAGAUCAACGUCCAGUGCUGCAGACCCUGUGGCUCCACAGUGGCACCGACCACGACCAUAGGGACCUCUACCCUGCUGCUCACCACAACAGAGCCCUCGACCCCAACACCUGGCACCACACCAACAUCUACCACUACUCACACCCCCACCCCAACACCUACCACCACAACCACAGAGUCCCCAAGCCCAACGCCCACUACCACAGUGACCACAACCCCAAUACCACCUACUGGAGAGACCCCAACUCCAGGCACCACCACUCAGACCCCAACUCCAACCUCCACCAUCUCCACUACCACCAUCCCUGAGACCACCACACCAACACCCACCACCACAACCACAGAGUCCCCGAGACCACAGUCCACCACCCCAAUCCCAGGCUCCACCACCACACAGACCCCAAUCCCAGGUACCACCACUCAGACCCCAAAUCCAGGCACCACCACCUCCACUACCACCAUCCCUGAGACCACGACACCAACACCCACCAUCACAACCACAGAGUCCACGAGACCACAGUCCACCACCACGGUAACUCCAAUCCCUGGCUACACCACCACACAGACCCCAAUCCCAGGCACCACCACUCAGACCCCAAUUCCAGGCACCACCACCUCCACUACCACCAUCCCUGAGACCACGACACCAACACCCACCACCACAACCCCAGAGUCCACGAGACCACAGUCCACCACCAUGGUGACUCCAAUCCCAGGCUCCACCAUCACUCAGACCCCAAUUCCAGGCACCAGCACUCAGACCUCAAUUCCAGGCACCACCACUCAGACCCCAAUCCCAGGCACCACCACCUCCACUACCACCAUCCCUGAGACCACGACACCAACACCCACCACCAUAACCACAGAGUCCCCGAGACCACAGUUCACCACCACGGUGACUCCAAUCCCAGGCUCUACCACCACACAGACCUCAAUCCCAGGCACUACCACCUCCACUACCACCAUCCCUGAGACCACAACACCAACACCCACCAUCACAACCACAGAGUCCCCAAGCCCAACGCCCACCACCACAGUGACCACAACCCCAAUACCACCUACUGGAGAGACCCCAACUCCAGGCACCACCACUCAGACCCCAACUCCAACCUCCACCAUCUCCACUACCACCAUCCCUGAGACCACGACACCAACACCCACCACCACAACCACAGAGUCCCCGAGACCACAGUCCACCACCACGGUGACUCCAAUCCCAGGCACUACCACCUCCACUACCACCAUCCCUGAGACCACGACACCAACACCCACCACCACAACCACAGAGUCCCCGAGACCACAGUCCACCACCACGGUGACUCCAAUCCCAGGUACCACCACUCAGACUCCAAUCCCAGGUACCACCACUCAGACCCCAAUCCCAGGUACCACCACUCAGACCCAAACUCCAGGCACCACCACUCAGACCUCAAUCCCAGGCACUACCACCUCCACUACCACCAUCCCUGAGACCACGACACCAACACCCACCACCACAACCACAGAGUCCCCGAGACCACAGUACACCACCACGGUGACUCCAAUCCCAGGCUCCACCACCACUCAGACCCCAAUCCCAGGCUCCACCACAACUCAGACCCCAAUCCCAGGCACCACCACUCAGACCCCAAUCCCAGGCACUACCACCUCCACUACCACCAUCCCUGAGACCACGACACCAACACCCACCACCACAACCACGGAGUCCCCGAGACCACAGUCCACCACCACUCAGACCACAAUCCCAGGCUCCACCACUCAGACCCCAAUCCCAGGCACCACCACCUCCACUACCACCAUCCCUGAGACCACGACACCAACACCCACCACCACAACCACAGAGUCCCCGAGACCACAGUCCACCACCCCAAUCCCAGGCUCCACCACCACACAGACCCCAAUCCCAGGCACCACCACUCAGACCCCAAUCCCAGGCACUACCACCUCCACUACCACCUUCCCUGAGACCACGACACCAACACCCACCACCACAACCACAGAGUCCCCGAGACCACAGUCCACCACCACGACCCCAAUCCCAGGCACCACCACCUCCACUACCACCAUCCCUGAGACCACGACACCAACACCCACCACCACAACCACAGAGUCCCCGAGACCACAGUCCACCACCACGACCACGACACCAACACCCACCACCACAACCACAGAGUCCCCGAGACCACAGUCCACCACCACGGUGACUCCAAUCCCAGGCUCCACCACAACUCAGACCCCAAUUCCAGGUACCACCACUCAGACCCCAAUCCCAGGCACCACCCUCUCCACUACCACAAUCCCAGGCACCACCACUCAGACCCCAAUCCCAGGCACCACCACUCAGACCCCAAUCCCAGGCACCACCACUCAGACCCCAAUCCCAGGCACUACCACCUCCACUACCACCAUCCCUGAGACCACGACACCAACACCCACCACCACAACCACAGAGUCCCCGAGACCACAGUCCACCACCCCAAUCCCAGGCUCCACCACCACACAGACCCCAAUCCCAGGCACCACCACUCAGACCCCAAUUCCAGGCACUACCACCUCCACUACCACCAUCCCUGAGACCACGACACCAACACCCACCACCACAACCACAGAGUCCCCGAGACCACAGUCCACCACCAUGACCCCAAUCCCAGGCACUACCACCUCCACUACCACCAUCCCUGAGACCACGACACCAACACCCACCACCACAACCACAGAGUCCCCGAGACCACAGUCCACCACCACGGUGACUCCAAUCCCAGGCUCCACCACCACUCAGACCCCAAUCCCAGGCUCCACCACCACUCAGACCCCAAUCCCAGGCUCCACCACCACUCAGACCCCAAUCCCAGGCUCCACCACCACUCAGACCCCAAUCCCAGGCACCACCACUCAGACCCCAAUUCCAGGCACCACCACCUCCACUACCACCAUCCCUGAGACCACGACACCAACACCCACCACCACAACCCCAGAGUCCACGAGACCACAGUCCACCACCACGGUGACUCCAAUCCCAGGCUACACCACCACUCAGACCCCAAUCCCAGGCACCACCACUCAGACCCCAAUCCCAGGUACCACCACUCAGACCCCAAUCCCAGGCACCACCACUCAGACCCCAAUUCCAGGCACCACCAUCUCCACUACCACCAUCCCUGAGACCACGACACCAACACCCACCACCACAACAACAGAGUCCCCGAGACCACAGUCCACCACCCCAAUCCCAGGCUCCACCACCACACAGACCCCAAUCCCAGGUUCCACCAUCAGCAGUACCACCAUCCCUGAGACCACAGGGCUUACACCCACUACUACACCCUUCCUAACAUCUACCACAACACCAACAGCCACAACCACCAUUUCACCCAUCCCAAUCCCAUCCUCCACCAUCACUUCCACUGUCACGGAGACCACAGCCCCUACUGCCACAAGUAGAAGCACUCUUACCCCAACCACAACUCCCAUCACCACCCGCAUGGAGGCCCCCACUACCAAGUCAACCUCUUCCAAACCUGCACCUCUCACCUCCACCCCUGUGACUUCUCAGUCCACCCCGUUCCUUUCCACGGAGUCCAGCACCCUUCCGAGCACCCCUCUGUCCACCACGGAGGCUCCCAGCACCCCAGGGUCAUCCAGAACGACACUACCUUCUGUGACUGAGGGCAGCACCACAGCUCCUGGACCUGAGGUCUCCACUUCGGCCACCACGGUGGCCUCCCCAGGCACGCCCAUCCUGAAGACCACGCCCCACACUGUGCCGACAGCCACCGGCGGGACCCCCACCAGGACAGGCCUCCCCUCGACCCUGCCGACCACCCUGGAGACCACCAGAACCUCGUCCUCCAGCGGAACCCUGUCCACGUCCAGCCCAAUCGAGUCCCCCAGCACCGAGUGGCUGCCGAGCUCUUCCACCCUGAUCACCUGCUGUGUGCUGGGCGACACCUACUAUAUCCCAGGUGACGUGCUGUACAACAAGACCCUCGGGGGCACCUGCUACUACGUGAACUGUUCCGUUGACUGUGAGCUCCAGUACUUCAACUGGUCCUGCCCGUCCACGCCCUCCCCAGCACCCACUGCCCCGCUGCCCACUCCCUCCUCGGUGGCCACGCCUUUGACCCCAGCAGCACCCUCGACGCCCAAGCCCUCCACGCCAGCAACCACAUCCUCCAAGCCGGCACCUGGCACCACCAAGCCCACCGGGUGCCCAGCUUUUGACCCUCCCAGACAGGAGAACGAGACCUGGUGGCUGUGCAACUGCACCAUGGCUAUCUGCAAGUACGACAACGUGGUGGCCAUCGUGGAGAAGCCGUGCCAGCCCCCGCCCAUGCCCACCUGCUCCAACGGCCUGCGGCCCGUGCGCGUUGAGGACCCCGACGGCUGCUGCUGGCACUGGGAGUGUGAUUGCUACUGCUCGGGCUGGGGGGACCCGCACUACGUCACCUUCGACGGGCUGUACUACAGCUACCAGGGCAACUGCACCUACGUGCUGGUGGAGGAGAUCACCCCCCGGGUGGACAACUUCGGGGUCUACAUCGACAACUACCACUGCGACGUCAACGACAAGGUGUCCUGCCCCCGCACGCUCAUCGUGCGCCACGAGACGCAGGAGGUGCUGAUCCAGACCACGCAGAUGGCGCCCCUGAGGGUGCAGGUGCAGGUCAACAAGCAGGUGGUGGCCCUGCCCUACCAGAAAUAUGGGCUCCAGGUUUAUGAGUCGGGCAUCAACUUCGUGGUGGACAUCCCCGAGCUGGGCGCCCUGGUCUCCUACAACGGGCUGUCCUUCUCCAUUAGCCUGCCCUACCGUCUGUUUGGCAACAACACCAAGGGCCAGUGCGGCACCUGCACCAACAGCACCGCGGACGACUGCGUGCUGCCCAGCGGGGAGGUCACCUCCAACUGUGAGGCCGCAGCCGACCAGUGGGUGGUCAACGACCCCUCCAAGCCACACUGUCCCCACGCCAGCUUCACCACCCGGCGCCCGGCCCUCACAACGCCAGGGGGCAGCCCCUCCACGCUGCCCCAGAACUGCACUGUGUCUCCGCUCUGCCAGCUCAUCAAGGACAGCCUCUUCUCCCGGUGCCAUGCCUCCGUGCCCCCCCAGCACUACUACGACGCCUGCGUGUUUGACAGCUGCUUCGUGCCUGACUUUGGCCUGGAGUGUGCCAGCGUGCAGGCCUACGCUGCCCUCUGUGCCCAGCAGGGUGUGUGUGUCGACUGGCGGAACCAUGCCGGCGGGGCGUGUCCUGUGACCUGCCCGUCCCACAGGGAGUACCGGGCCUGCGGCCCCCCGCAAGAGCCCACCUGCCUGUCCAGCGUCUCCCCGCAGAACUCCACCAGCCUGGUGGAAGGCUGCUACUGCCCCGAAGGCACCACCAGCUACGCCCCUGGCUUCGACGUCUGCGUGAAGAUGUGCGGCUGCGUGGGACCCGACAACGUGCCCAGAGAGUUUGGGGAGCGCUUUGUAUUCGACUGCAAGGACUGCGUCUGCCUGGAGGGUGGCAGUGGCAUUGUGUGCCAGCCCAAGCAGUGCAGCCGGAAGGCCCCUGCCAGCUGCGAGGAGGACGGCACCCACCUGGUCACAGAGGUCGACCCUGCCGACACCUGCUGCAGCGUCUCCCUGUGCAGGUGCAACACCAGCCUGUGCAGAGAGGAGCCCCCCAUCUGUCCGCUGGGAUUCCAGGUGAAGAGCAAGAUGGUGCCCGGGAGGUGCUGCCCCGUCUACUCCUGUGUGCCCAAGGGCGUGUGUGUGCACCAGAAUGCAGAAUACCAGCCCGGCUCCCCAGUGUACUCCUCCAAGUGCCAGGACUGCGUGUGCACCCACGCUGUGGACAACAGCACCCAGCUCAACGUCAUCGCCUGCACCCACGUGCCCUGCAAUGUCUCCUGCGACCCCGGCUUCGAGCUUGUGGAGGCCCCUGGCCAGUGCUGCAAGAAGUGCCAGCAGACCCACUGCAUCAUCAGCGGGUCCAAGAGCCAGUACCUCGUCCUGAAGCCCGGGGACAUUCAGAGCAACCCCAACAACAAGUGCACGUUCUACAGCUGCAUGAAGCUCCACAACCAGCUCAUCUCAUCCGUCUCCAACAUCACCUGCCCUGACUUCGACCCCAGCCGCUGCGUCCCAGGCUCUAUCACCCUGAUGCCCAACGGAUGCUGCCAGAGAUGCAUCCUUCUCAAUGAGACCAGGGUCCCCUGCUCCACCAUCCCGGUUAUCAGGGAGAUUUCGAGGGCCGGCUGCACCAAGAAUGUCACCACGAACUACUGCUCCGGGUCCUGUGGGACUUUCGCCAUGUACUCGGCGCAGGCCCAGGCCCUGGACCACAGGUGCUCCUGCUGCAAGGAGGAGCGGACCAGCCAGCGCGAGGUGGUCCUGGACUGCCCGAGCGGCGGCACGCUGACCCACACCUACACGCACAUCGAGAGCUGUCUGUGCCAGGACUCCGUCUGCGGGCUCCCGCAGGCGCAGCAGAGCCGCGUCCGGCGCUCCAGCGCCCGGCUGCUGGGCAGGGCGUGA